UCAAUAUCUACCUCACAUUUACAAUUAUCGUACAAAACAACCCUUAGGGGUCAAAUUAUUAGAUAGAUAACCAUUUGUCUGCUAACAUUUGAUAUUCUAAGUGCUGUAGGUAAUUAUUCCCUGAACAUUCGCGCCAAAAUGAAGCUUUCCGUGCGUGUUCGAGGUGACUGGUUUGCUGUCCCGUGUAAAGGGACUGAGAAAGUCACGUGGCUUGGAGAGGAGUCCUUAAGGAGAUACUAUAAAUCUAAGUCUGGGGUGGGGCAUGCUCUCAAGGAAAAAGUUUAUGAGGUUCGGAAAGCCAAGGGAGCCGCCAUCUUGGAUCCUGAUGACGCAAUUAGAGAUGUCCUGGACGAAAAUGAUUUCGUCACUGUCGUACUUGACAGCGAUAUAUCAAGUCCGGUAACGGGACCAGCCGAGCCGGUGUACGUGGAGGAGAAAAUUGCUAAGACUAGUGUGGAGUCCGCCACGGAGUACAUUGCUCUAGAUGGCAACAGUCUAUCGACCGACGACUUGCUGAGGUUAGGCAAAGGCCAUUACCUAAUAAAGCUGACAGUUGAAGCAGAACAAAAAGUAAGAAAGCUUCUGGACGACAUUGUGAGCAGCAACAAAGUUGUUUAUGGAAUAACAACUGGCUUUGGAAAAUUUGCAAGAACCACAAUUGAGAAAAACAAACUAAUAGAACUUCAAGAAAAUUUGAUUCGAUCUCAUUCAGCAGGCGUUGGUCCCCCAUUGUCGCCUGAGCGGACCCGGAUGUUGCUGGCAUUACGAAUCAAUGUCCUGGCUAAAGGUUACAGUGGGAUAUCCAUGGGAACUCUGAAGAAGUAUAUUGCAGCAUUUAAUGCUAAUUGUUUGCCGUGGGUGCCAGAGAAGGGGACAGUUGGUGCCAGUGGCGAUUUGGCGCCAUUAUCGCAUCUAGCACUAGGAAUGAUGGGAGAAGGCAAAAUGUGGAGCCCUCAAAGUGGCUGGGCGGACGCUAAAUAUGUUCUAGAAUCAAACAAUUUGACACCAAUUAAACUUGGACCCAAAGAAGGCAUCGCUUUAAUCAAUGGAACUCAACUGAUCACAGCACUCGGUGUUGAAGGACUUGAGCGAGCAGAGGCCAUAGUAAGACAAGCAGACAUCGUAGCUGCUUUCACCUUGGACGUUCUGAAGGGAACUACAAGGGCCUUUGAUAGCAAUAUCCAUGACGUCCGACCACACAAAGGGCAGAAGUUGGUGGCUAGGCGCCUUCGUUCUUUGCUUCAUUCUGACACACAUCCUUCCGGAAUAGCAGAGAGCCAUCGCUUUUGUAACCGCGUUCAAGAUGCCUACACAUUGCGUUGCUGUCCUCAGGUACAUGGAGUAGUAAAUGACACCCUGGCCUUCGUCAGAGGUAUCCUGUCCGUGGAGGUCAACAGUGCCACUGACAACCCUAUGGUAUUUGCAGAAACAGGAGAAAUUAUAUCUGGUGGCAAUUUUCACGGCGAAUACCCGGCUAAGGCUCUAGAUUAUUUGGCUAUUGGAGUACAUGAAAUCGCAAACAUGAGCGAGAGAAGAAUAGAGAGACUGGUCAAUCCUGCCUACAGCGAGUUGGAUGCUUUUCUGACCCCAGAUGGUGGUUUGAAUUCUGGGUUUAUGAUUGCACACUGCACAGCAGCUGCCUUAGUGUCUGAAAAUAAAGUGUUGUGUCACCCGGCCUCGAUCGACUCCUUGACGACGAGCGCGGGAACUGAGGACCACGUGUCUAUGGGCGGAUUUGCCGCCAGAAAAUGUCUGCGUGUUGUAGAACACGUGGAGCAGGUGUUGGCGAUAGAGCUUCUUGCUGCCUGUCAAGCCAUGGAGUUUUUGAGACCAUUGACAACAACACCACCGUUAGAAGAAGUGUAUAAACUUGUCAGAAAUUUGGCGGGUCCAUGGAAAAAAGACAGAUACAUGGCUCCAGAUAUAGAUGCCGUAACAAAACUGUUACAGGAGGAGAAGGUUUGGAGGAAAGUAAAGCCAUUCAUGGAUAAUUAUCAUGCUCAGCAGGAUGUCGAAACAAGAGUUUUCUCCCCUACAUCAAGUUUUUCUGCUGAGGCGCCAUCUGUUGCCAAAAGACGUAAAACCAGCAGUAUGUCUCGACCACGAUAAUCCACGAGGCUGACCAAUCUUGUUUAGAAUUCAGAUUGUGUUUUCUCUUCACAAAAUUUUACCAGAACAUGGGUACCGGUGUUUUAAAGUCUGGAGUUGGGAAAGAAUAUGUGAGAAUCAUAACGCCUACAAUAUAUUUGUAAUUAAACGGAAAAUAUAUAAGUUUUUAUUUUUUUAAUUUUUAUUGUACUUUUUCAUUAUUUGAAUUAAUUCAUGAUCAUGUAUCUGGGAAAAGGUUAGCUGUGAAAUAACUGCUUUUAAAACAAGAUGUAAUCGGUAUUUGAUUUUUCUACUUUAGUAAAUUGGCAAGAGGCAUUUCUCUUCUAAAAAUCGUCUUCCAAGUUAUCUUUCAUAUGAAUUAGUUUUUGAUAAGCCGAUGAGAAGUUUGAGCAAGAGAGCGAAGAUAAACGUUAUUUUAUUCUCCAUCAUUAAAGUAGCUGUUCAUCUAAAUUGGAACUCCUAAUAACUCGGUAAAUAAUCA